UCAAAAGUAAUUUGCUCUCUCUCUCUCUCUCUCUCUCCAGAUCAUCUCUCCCCUAACACAAAUCAAGCGAUGCCGUCCAAGGCAGAAAAAGAUGCUAAAAAACACGGGUUAAACGCAAAAUUGUACAAAGCUUUGCUGAAAGAAGAAGCGACGGACAAGGUGAAAGAACUGUGCGGAGAUGUUGAAGAAAAAGGAUUACAUAUAUUGACAAUACACGAUGACACUGUGCUACAUGCGGCCACUUACUCCAAACAAUCCCGAUUGGUACUCGACCUUCUAGAGGCAUUGCCUCCUGAUCAUCUCGAUAAAAUGACCCGCCAAAACCACCAAGGAAACACCAUCCUCCAUGACGCGGCCACAUCCGACAACCUUGAUGUGGCACAGAAGGUGUUGGAGAAAGCUCCGGGACUCUUAAGCAUGCGUAACCACCUUGGAGAAACCGCGCUCUUUCGGUCCGUUCGCUAUGGCAAGGAAAAGAUAUUCAACUUUCUUAUGGGGAAAAUUUCUAGUUACAGUGAAGCUAAUCAGCAACUCUUCCUUUGGAGGAGUGAUAAAACCACCGUUCUUCACGUUGCCAUUCUUGCGCAUCAUUUUGAUUUGGCCCUUAAAAUUGCGGAAAGGUUCAAAUACUUGGUUAAUGAAAGAGACGCGGAUGGGAUGACCGGUCUUCAACAUCUAUCAUGCAACCCUGGAGCUUUUCAACGAGAGGAUAAAGUGGAAUUCCUCCAGAAUAUCUUCAAGUCUAUACGCUCAUACUGUAGCGGGGCCACACAGCCAAAAGUUGAAAAGCAAGAGAUCACUGCAUAUGAAUCAGCUUUGAAGCUUGCCAGGUUCUUAAUAGAAAAAGAUUUCUCAUGGGAGGCAACUUAUCCUGGAAUAGACAAGAGUAAGCCCACGCUUCAUAAAUAUGGCCCUGGGAGUCAUAGCGUAGAGAAGGGAGUUGGACAAGCCCCCCUGUUAACGACUUCGUUUGGUCAAAGGGAUCAACCGGACACAACUACUCCUUUAUUUUUGGCAACAAAAGCUGGCUGCAUAGACAUUGCAGAAGAAAUCCUGAAUUGUUACCCCCAGGCAGUUGAGCAUAUUGACGAGAAAGGGCGAAAUAUAUUGCAUAUAGCGAUCAAGUAUCGCCAGUUAAAGAUUUUUGAGCUUGUGGCGAGAUGGGAAGUGCCAAUGAAGAGGCUGGUACGAAAAGUAGAUGACGAAGGAAAUUCAAUACUUCAUACAGUUGGACUAAAAAUGGCAGAUUAUAUACCCGAGAAACUACGAGGCCCUGCGCUUGAAUUGCAAGAGGAAUUGCUGUGGUUUGAGCGUGUGAAGUCAGUCACCCCACCACAUUUCGUUGAUCACCGUAACAAUAUGACGCAGACCGCUGACGCGUUAUUUCAUCAAGCGAACAAUGAAUUACGAACAGCAGCAACAGAAUGGCUAAAGCGGACAGCAGAAGGAUGCACCGUUGUGGCAGUUCUCAUUGCUACCGUUGCCUUUGCUGCAGCCUAUACAGUACCUGGAGGUCCUAAUAGUCAGACCGGUGCUCCACUCCUCGCCAACAAACCUUUCUUUGUGGUUUUCACGGUGACUGAUGUUCUUUCCCUUUCAUUUGCUUUGACAUCAGUGGUAAUAUAUCUUUCAAUCGUCUCAUCGCCAUUUCGACUACCAGACUUUAAGGAAUCUCUUCCAACUAAACUAAUGCUAGGCUUCACAUUUCUGUUCCUCUCUGUGUUCAUGAUGAUGUUUGCGUUUGCAGCAACCGUUCUUCUCAUGAUACAGAACAGGGAAAACUGGACAAAAGUUAUCCUAUAUGCACUGUCUUUCCUGCCAGUCGGAAUCUUUGCACUUUCGUAUUUCCCUCUAUAUCUUUCACUCUCAGAAACCUUCAAGUAUUUGUUGAAGAAACUGGGGAUCAAGGCAAUUCCCCAGAGCCUUUCUAUUCCAGUGCCAUCUAGUUUGACCAAUUUGUCCCGUCGUAGUACAGAUCGAAGCAGUAAUUUUCGUACCCUUCAGCGUCAACUCAAUCACAACAGGCACCAGGAGAGACAAGAUCAUUUUUGCUCCCCAGACGCCAAUCAGAGCGCUAAUUUCACAGUUUGAAGGGAAUUACCAUCAUGACAUUGGUCCGUCAGAAUGUACAGUACUAAUAAAUAUUCCUUCCGCGCGGCGGCCAUACUGAUAUAAUUCACAAAAGGUUGCAGGAUGAGUAGCUUAAUUGGAGUGCUAGCUGCUUUGUGUUAAGGUUUAUAUAUCCAUGAAAACAAUAUUAAUUGUAGUUACUAUGCAUGCUGUGUGCAUGCAUUGAUCUGUUGGCUAUAUAAGCUGUAUUUGUCUGAGGUUGACUUGAGCAAUCAUCAAUAUAUAAUAGUCAAAAGGAUCAUAUGCUGGAACGGUAAGAACUAUAAAU